AUGUCCUACCUACUCACGGAAAUAGCUCUGGAAAUGCUGGGGUACAAGUUCUACGAUACCAACGGCGUCUUCCACUUGACCAACUUCCAAAACAAUUCGACGGAAGUGCACCCAAACGAGCCCCCGCUAACGGAGUUUAUCGAACAAACAGAGUCCCCGGACGAAGACCUGGAUAGUGGUGCUGCUGGCAGUAAGGAGGAGAAUGUGACCACGGAACCCAGCCGCGCCGCCUCCAGCAACCCGUCCACCGCCCCCGACAUUACACAUGUUACUCAGCGACGUGCGCCGGCCAAAGCGUUGGCCAAAAUCAUGGCCUACGAGAGUGACAAGAUCUCUACCCAGAUCACCGCUCGUUUGGAGAAGGCGAUGGCGCAACUGGGAGCCGCUGACGAUGAGGCGCUGAUCGAGGAAUGCAUCAAUGAGGAAAAGCGAUUAAUAUGCGAAGAUGCCGACGAGAUGCAGAAGUUCCGAGAGUUUCUGCAGGCACGCCUGCAACAAAUUGACAAGCGGCCGUUUGAAAAGUACGAGCGCACCUUUGGAGCAGACUAGAGGUCGUGGUCAUUUGUCGUACGAGAAGUCGAAAUAAUAACUAUAUCAUAGCUGUAAUUCUACAUGUAAAUAAAUACUUUUAAUUAACAAAAAUAUAAGAAAUAUGG